CCUGCCCGGCCCUUCCUCUCCAAUCCGCUGCGGAAGGAGCUCAGAAAAAGUCAUUUCCGGGCCAGGGUGCCACGCUUUCCAGACCGCAACAUGGAGGCGAGUAGUGCAACGGAUGAGCUGGUUUCGGGGGAAUUGGUGUCCGUAGCACAUGCUCUUUCUCUCCCUGCUGAGUCCUAUGGCAACGACCCAGACAUUGAAAUGGCUUGGGCCAUGAGAGCAAUGCAACAUGCUGAAGUCUACUACAAGCUGAUCUCAUCAGUUGACCCACAGUUCCUGAAACUGACCAAAGUGGAUGACCAAAUCUAUUCUGAGUUUCGGGAAAAUUUUGAGAAACUCAGGAUAGAUGUGUUGGACCCAGAAGAGCUCAAAUCAGAAUCAGCUAAAGAGAAAUGGAGACCAUUCUGCUUAAAGUUUGAUGGGAUUGUAGAAGACUUCAACUAUGGUACUUUGCUGCGACUGGAUUGUUCUCAGGGCUACACUGAGGAAAACACCAUCUUUGCCCCCAGGAUACAAUUUUUUGCUAUUGAAAUUGCUCGGAACCGGGAAGGCUAUAAUAAAGCAGUUUAUACCAAUAUUCAGGACAAAGAAGCAGUAACCAAUAAUGGAGGAGAAAAAAUAGUUGACAAUGGAGAAGAGAAAGGAGCCAACAGAGAAAGCGAAAAAGAGAAAACUGACAAGGAAAGAGAAAAAGAGAAAGAAGACAACAAAGAAAUCAGAAAUGGUGCAACAGCUAUGUCAGGUAGACAGGAAACUCUCUAGAAUCUGUAACUCAGCUGAACCUACAAAUACAAUCAUGCUACAUGAACACACUCCUGUGGUUAAAUGUAUGUUAUGUUACUUGUGCAAUUAAAGGAUAUGCAGAAGGACAUCUUUUUAGCCUAAUAAUCAGGAGCUGCUCUGAUUCCCUUGUAUGAACUGGCUUAAAGACUUAGUGGGGUUUUAGCUGGUUGUUUCUUGGUAUAUUGUUUUCUGGUUCUUACCACCGGCCAAGUAAGAAUUCUGUAAAUAAAUUUGUUUUAGUUCUUUUUUUUUGAAAGAUUUAUUUAUUAAUGCAUACAAGAGCUGGGUUACAGGCCAGAGGUGUGGGGGGGUGAGAAGAUUUACCAGAGACAGAGUGGGGAACAGAACAGGAAGAUUGACCGAAGUACACUGCUGAGGGGAACAGCGGGCAAGUCAGGAGAGGUCUGCUGCACCAUGUGGGUUGUUCCCUGGCUGGCCGGGGAUUGACUUGUGCUGCAGAGGCUGCGGACAGCUUCAUGGGUAGUGUCUUAACCCCUUGCACCACCAGGGAGGCCCUCUUUUGGUUCUUAUGAUUAUAUUGAAGAAUGACUUUUAGAAGGUAUUUAAAGUUAUUUGACACUUAAGAUUUUUUUCAGGUAUGUAAUCUCUUUGUCAUGUCUUAUAUAAAAUGAUAUAUGUCUGUUUAUUAAUGCUGCUGUUUUUGUAUUGAAGUUCUCAAACAUGUUAAUGUUGUAUGUGGUUUUGGUAUUAGAAGUAUUUAUAUAAGAAUUGUCUUUUGCCAGUUGUGUGAUUGGAGCUUUGCCAGUUGUGUGAUUGGAGCUUUAUGAUUUUCUUUGAUAGAUCAAACAAAAGAUUUGAUAAAUGUGUAAAUACUCUGUGGGGAUAACAACAGCAUCUGAACCCAUCAGAUUAGUGAAUGUAGCCACAUUCACAUUAGAGGAGCAGGAAUCUAGACCUGCUUCAGUAUCUGCUUCUCUUCUGGUAGCCAAGUUAUUACCUGAAAGCUAGCAGAAAUCAGUAAUUAAAUAUAAAACCUGGUAGAGUGGUGUUCCUGUUGUGGUGCUAUGGACAAAAGCAUACAUUUGUACCUUGACACAAAAUGAACAAAUUUUAAAUGCUUUUUUUUUUUCAGUCUCCAAAAAAAAAAAACCCACUAGAUUUUAUAUGGGUAGUAGGGGGCUUCCUUCUCAUUUAUAGAACAUAAAAUAACUGCUCCUAAAAGCCUAACCAUGCAAGAAAUGAUUUACCAGAGCAGAGAAGGUGGGAAAUGAAAAAUGAGACUUUUCCUCUUGAUGGACAUAGAAAAAUAAACCUAACUGAUGAGUUGUCACCUAAGUAAGAACUGACCUAGAGAUGUACACAGCUAGCAACACCAAUUUCUCCCUGAAUUCUUUUAUUUAAAGAUUAAUUUAUUUAUGCAUACAAGAACUGGGGUGCAGGCCGGAGGUGUGGGGAAGUGGGUGAGAGGAUUCACUAGAGAGAGUGGGGAGCAGGACAGCACUGGAAUACACUGCUGAGGGGAGCAGUAGGUAAGGCAGGAGAGGUCUGCUGCACCAUGUGUGUUGCUUCUUGGCUGGCUGGGAUCGAACUCAUGCUCAAUGCCUGUUGAUAGCUUGAUAGUGCUGUCUCAGCCCCUGCACCACCAAGGAGGCCCCUCCCCAUGAAUUCCUUUUGGCCAGUACUUAAAAAUAUUUAAUAUAUUUGUUAGAGUUUCAAUUUUAUAAAAAUGUUUUUCAAGGGGUGGGAAAGUGUUAAAGACUUCAUACUAGGAAAGCUUCUUAAAAUUUAGAACUUCAGUUACUGUAUUAAUUUUUCCAGUUCAUACAUUCUUAAAUACCCACAAACAUGUCGAUACAUAUUACCUGAGGGACUGGGGAAGAAUAAAGGUUACUGUCUACAUACAACUGUGCCUCUGGUGACCUUUUCCAGGUUGCUUGCAAGCAGAAACACAGACUUACUUCCUUCUUUUUGACUGAUAUUACAGAGAACAAGAAACAUACUUUUAAGUCAGACUGUUAAAGCAAGAGGCAUCUCUCCAAGGACUAGGGGAUAAAAAGUGGGGAGAAAGAGUAUAAGAACACGGAACACUUCAGCUGCUCUGUAAAGCCAGUAACCCAUAGCAUUAUCCAAAGGUUAAAGGGGAAAGAGUGAGCAUAAUACUUAAGAUUCUCACCUGUAGUGUACAUAUUCUACAAUCCCCUCCUGUUCUGUGUGGAUAAGACUUGUGACUAUGAGAGGAUUUCAUUCCUGUGAUUAAGUUACUAACCAUUUGCUUUCCAGUUAAUCUAAAGGGAAAUUGUCCUGGAUGGAUCUGGCUUAUCCAGUGAUUCCCUAAGCAAGACUAGAAGCAGUGGCAGGUGUUCCAUUGGCUUUGAUGGCCAACAGCCAUGUUAUGAGAGAAGAGGGAUAUGUGGCAAGGACCUGGAGAGGUGACCUCUAGGAACUGAGUGUUACCUGACACAGCCAGCAAGAAAAUAAAUUUUUUACUCCUGUAGUUGGAAGGAGCUCAAUGAUGGCAGUAGACAGUGGGCUUGGAAGAGCACCUCAAGCCUCAGAUGAGAUUGCAGUCCUGGGUGAUAAUUGUGAUUUUGGACCUGAGUAGAGGACUGGUUAAGCUGUAACUGUACUUCUGACCCAUAGGAAUAUGAACUGAUAAUGGAUGUUGUCUUAAGCCACUAUUUAUGUAGUCAUUUGUUACAGAGCAAAAGAAAACCAUCAGAGACUGUUACUGGAAGGGAAGUACUGCUGUAACAAGUUCCUGAAAUGUGGGAGUGGCAUUGGAAUCAGGCAGUGGGUGGAGGCUGGAAGAAUUUUAGGGAGCAUGAUAGAGCCUAAAUUGCUUUGAACAGACUAUCAAAAGAAAUGUGAAUGUUGGGCCUCCCUGGUGGCGCAAGGGGUUAAGACACAACCUAUGAAGCUAUCUGCAGCCACUGCAGCACGAGUUCGAUCCCUGGCCAAGGAGCUACCCACAUGGCACAGCUACCCACCUGACUUGCCCGCUGCUCCCCUCAGCAGUGUAUUUCAGUCAAUCUGCCUGUUCUGUUCCUCACUCUGUCUCUGGUGAAUCCUCUCACCCGCCACACCUCCGGCCUGUACCCCAGUUCUUGUAUACAUAAAUAAAUCUUAAAAAAAAUGUAGAGUGGUUAAGAAUGCUGCUGGUGAUGGUUUUAAAGGAAUAUGUUGAACACUGGAAAAAGGGGGGUCCUAUUGGUAGGUGGUAAUAUUGUUAGAGGAUAGGAAGUUUGAGAUUUGAGCCCUUUCCUUGGAAUUAUUUGGGAGAUGAUACCAGGCCAGGUUGACACAGUAUGGGAACAUCUAUGAUUUAAUCAGUGUGUGGUCGGGUUCUGUAAGUUAUCUCCAUGACAUCUUUUGGAGACAGGAAAAGGGCACAAAGUUUUGCAUUUUACAAAAGGGAAAACAACUCUUCAAAUUUUAAAUUCUAAGUUUGUGGUAAAUUGUUAUAGCAACCACAGGAAACUGAUAAAGAAGGCAUACUGAGCCCUGCUCCAAAAGUAGAGAAAUUCACAGUGCUAUUAUUUUAAAAAUGUAUCUGAAACAAUGAUUGUACCAAAUGAUUAGAAACAUGAGUUUCAUCAAAAGUGAACUUGAAUGAUUGUAAACCAUUUUGACCUUAUUCUCCAACGGAGCUCCUAUAGCUGAGCCUGUUUGUGUCAGGUGCCAUGGAUGUGACUGGAAGUUCUAAAUUUGUUUCUCUGUAUAAUACAAGCUUAUUCAUGAAAAUGUGCUCAUUUGAAGCUUACCCAUAAAUUAAUAAAAUGCAACAGUAGCUUCAUCAAUUGUUCAGAAUUUAGACCCAGUAAAUAAUUUGGGAGAGAGGAGUAUUUUAUCACUGACAUUGUUUAAAAUUGACAGAGCAUGGUCAUAAUUAAAGCAGAUUAUGUUUUGGUUGGUUUUAUUACUAUUUUAAAACAUUUUUCAACAAUAUAGAUGGACCUAGAGGAAAUAUGCUUCAGCAGAGGAAGACAAAUACCAUAUGAUUUCACUGAUAUGUGUUAUAUAGAGGAAAAAAAAUCAAACGGAUGAACUAAAUAAAACAAAAACUGAUUUUUAAACUAUAAGACCAAUUAGUGGUUACCAGAAGGGAAGGGAAAAGGGGAACUGGGAAAAGGGGAGCAAUGUUAACGGUGAAGGAUAGAAUUGGAUUUUCAUCAAUGAAUUCAGUAUCUUAUACAUGUAUUGAUUCUCGAUGCACACCUGAAACGUAUAAAACGUUAUCAUGAAAUAUUAGUACAAUUAAAGCACAAGAAGCUCACACAAAUUUGUUGAAAUACAAUAGUUUAAUUCAUACAUUAAUCUUGAGAGGACACAUCAAUGCCUAAAUUGUGGAAGGCAUUUUGGAAGUAUCCAUUAUCAUGAAAAAUGGUUAUAGUGGGGCCUCUUUGGUGGCGCAGAGGCUAAAGACAGUGCUAUCAAGCUAUCGCCAGCUGCUGUAGCACAAGUUCGAUCCCCGGCCAGGGAGCUGACCCACAUGGCACAGCAGACCUCUCCUGCUUGGCCUGCUGCUCCCCUCAGCAGUUUAUUUCAGUAGAUUUGCCUGUUCUGCUCCCAACUAUCUCUGGUGAAUCCUCUCACUCCCACACCUCUGGCUUAUACCCCAGUUCUUGUAUGCAUAAAUAAAUAAAUCUUUUUUAAAAAUGGUUAUAGCCUGUCACUAUUAAUAUUCCACCAUUCAUAAAUGAUCUCAAGAAAAUUCGCUUUCAUGUACUCAAGGACACAUGUACAAUAGUGUUUAUGACAGCACUCUUUGUGACACAAAUACAAUUAAAUUAUUUGUCCCACAGUACAUUUGAGCAGAAUAUAGGAUGUUCAGCCUCUGAUUUCAGAAGUGAGGAAAUUCUGGAAAAUGUCAAAGCUCAGUCUUUACUUAGCUAAUAUAUAAUUGGGUAAAACAAUGCUUGCAUAGACAUGGUAAGGAGGGCUAAUGAGAGCAGCAAUGAGAGCAGCAAGAAAGUGCUCACAAUCCUGAGGAUUACAUGUGUAGUCAUGGCUAAGAAUUUCGUUGUGCUUGUCUAUGAUCCUUCUCUGGCGACGUGGCAAUGUUGGGUAACGUGUCCUGUGGACACACCAGAUCAACAGAGACUUCCUUUAAAAUAUGUUCCAGAAAGAACAAUAUUUUCCUUCUCCUUUUAUUGCAUCCAUACCAAAUACUUGGUAAAUAGUCUUCUAUCUUCAGUGGAGAGACAACCUUUUCACCAGCCAAUACUGUGGUCAAGGGAUUAUUCACAACUAUUUCAUUUUAGGAACUUUUUUUCAUUCUU